CGCCCCCCCAGCCCCGCGCCGGCUGCAGCAUGGCCUGGUGCCCCCGGAGCGGCGGGGGGCAGGCUGCUGCCCAGCUCUGACCAGGGUCCCCCCAUAGUGACCGGCCCAGCUUUGUCAAUGGAUUGGCCAUUUGGCCGCGCUCUGCUCGCCGGCCACGGCUGCUAGGGGGGACCCGUCUUCGGAGGAUGGAGACUCCGACACAAAGAAGGUGCUGACCGGCUUCCCCGUCCGCCCCAGCACCAGCCCCGGCUCUCUCCCGCUGCCAUGGGCGACCUGGCGAACAGCGCGCUGGAUUUCUACCCCAAGAGCCAGCGGCGGGCGCUGAACCAUGCGGGCGGCCUGGGCUGCACCCUGCCCGAGCUGCGGGGCCUCAUGGAGCUGCGCGGGGCUGAGGCAUUGCAGAAGAUCCAGGACGGCUACAGCGACAUCAGCGGGCUCUGCCACCGGCUCAAAACCUCCCCGACCGAAGGCCUGUCGGACAACGCGGCUGACCUGGAGAAGCGGCGGCAGAUCUACGGCCAGAACUUCAUCCCGCCCAAGCAGCCCAAGACCUUCCUGCAGCUGGUGUGGGAGGCUCUGCAGGACGUGACCCUGAUCAUCCUGGAGAUCGCAGCGAUCAUCUCCCUGGGUCUGUCCUUCUACGCCCCCCCCGGAGAGGAGAGCGAAGCCUGUGGGAACCUGGCCACGGGGGCGGAGGACGAGGGCGAGUCAGAGGCCGGCUGGAUUGAGGGGGCGGCUAUCCUGCUCUCCGUCAUCUGCGUGGUGCUGGUCACGGCCUUCAACGACUGGAGCAAGGAGAAGCAGUUCCGGGGACUGCAGAGCCGCAUCGAGCAGGAGCAGAAAUUCGCCGUCGUCCGCAACGGGCAGCAGAUCCAGAUCCCGGUGGCUGAGCUGGUGGUGGGAGAUGUCGCCCAGAUCAAAUAUGGCGACCUGCUCCCUGCUGACGGGGUUCUGAUCCAGGGGAACGACCUGAAGAUUGAUGAGAGCUCCCUGACCGGGGAAUCGGACCAUGUGCGGAAAUCCGUGGAGAAAGAUCCCAUGCUGCUCUCAGGCACCCACGUCAUGGAGGGCUCCGGGCGGAUGGUUGUCACGGCCGUCGGGGUGAACUCCCAGACUGGGAUUAUCUUCACCUUGCUGGGAGCCGGUGGGGAGGAAGAGGAGAAGAAGGAGAAGAAAGGAAAGGCCCCGGACGGAGCGGUGGAGAAUAGUCAGAACAAAGCCAAGAAGCAGGACGGCGCGGUGGCCAUGGAGAUGCAGCCGCUGAAGAGCGCUGAGGGCGGCGAGCUGGAGGAUCGGGAGAAGAAGAGAACCAGCGCGCCCAAGAAAGAGAAAUCGGUGCUGCAAGGAAAGCUCACCAAGCUGGCUGUGCAGAUCGGGAAAGCAGGUCUGGUGAUGUCAGCCAUCACCGUGAUCAUCCUGGUGCUGUACUUCGUGAUCCAGACCUUUGUGCUGGACGGGCGGGUCUGGCUGGCUGAGUGCACCCCCAUCUAUGUCCAGUACUUCGUCAAGUUCUUCAUCAUCGGGGUCACCGUGCUGGUGGUGGCCGUGCCCGAAGGGCUGCCCUUGGCCGUCACCAUCUCCUUGGCCUACUCCGUCAAGAAAAUGAUGAAGGACAAUAACCUGGUGCGGCACCUGGACGCCUGCGAAACCAUGGGCAACGCCACGGCCAUCUGCUCCGACAAAACGGGCACCCUCACCACCAACCGCAUGACGGUCGUGCAGGCCUACCUGGGCGACACCCACUACCGCCAGACGCCCGACCCCAGCAGCCUGCCGCCCCGCAUCCUCGACCUGCUGGUGCACGCCAUCGCCAUCAAUAGUGCCUACACCACCAAGAUACUACCUCCAGAGAAGGCCGGGGGGCUGCCGCGGCAGGUGGGGAACAAGACGGAGUGCGCCCUGCUGGGCUUCCUGCUGGACCUGCGCCGCGACUACCAGCCCGUGCGUGACCAGCUGCCGGAGGAGAAGCUCUACAAGGUUUAUACCUUCAACUCGGUCCGCAAGUCCAUGAGCACCGUCACCCGCCUGCCCCAGGGCGGUUUCCGCGUCUUCAGCAAGGGGGCCUCCGAGAUCCUGCUCAGAAAGUGCUCCAGCAUCCUGAGCAGCAGCGGGGAGCUGUGCAGCUUCCGCCCGCGGGACCGGGACGAGAUGGUGAAGAAGGUGAUCGAGCCCAUGGCCUGCGACGGGCUGCGCACCAUCUGCUUGGCCUUCCGGGACUUCGCUGCCGGCCUGGAGCCCGACUGGGACAACGAGAACGACAUCAUGGGGGAGCUCACCUGCAUCGCCGUGGUGGGCAUCGAGGACCCCGUCCGGCCUGAGGUCCCUGAGGCCAUCCGCAAGUGCCAGAAGGCUGGGAUCACCGUCCGGAUGGUGACAGGCGACAACAUCAACACGGCCCGGGCCAUCGCUGCCAAGUGCGGGAUCCUCCAGCCCGGGGAGGACGUUCUCUGCCUGGAGGGCAAGGAGUUCAACCGGCGCAUCCGCAAUGAGAAGGGAGAGAUCGAGCAGGAGCAACUGGAUAAGAUCUGGCCCAAGCUGAGGGUCCUGGCCCGAUCGUCCCCCACGGACAAACACACCCUGGUGAAAGGCAUCAUCGACAGCACCAUCGGGGAGCAGCGGCAGGUCGUGGCCGUGACCGGGGACGGCACCAACGACGGGCCGGCGCUGAAGAAGGCCGACGUCGGCUUCGCUAUGGGCAUCGCGGGCACCGACGUCGCCAAGGAGGCCUCGGACAUCAUCCUGACCGACGACAACUUCUCCAGCAUCGUCAAGGCGGUGAUGUGGGGCCGCAACGUGUACGACAGCAUCUCCAAGUUUCUGCAGUUCCAGCUCACCGUCAACGUGGUGGCCGUGGUGGUGGCCUUCACCGGCGCCUGCAUCACCCAGGACUCCCCGCUCAAGGCGGUGCAGAUGCUGUGGGUCAAUCUCAUCAUGGACACGUUCGCCUCCCUGGCGCUGGCCACCGAGCCGCCCACCGAGUCGCUGCUGCUGCGCAGGCCCUACGGGCGCGACAAGCCGCUCAUCUCCCGCACCAUGAUGAAGAGCAUCCUGGGUCACAGCGUCUACCAGCUGAGCAUCAUCUUCACCCUGCUCUUCGCGGGGGAGAUGAUCUUCAACAUCGACAGCGGGCGGAACGCCCCCCUGCACGCGCCCCCGUCGGAGCAUUACACCAUCAUCUUCAACACCUUCGUCCUCAUGCAGCUUUUCAACGAGCUCAACGCCCGCAAGAUCCACGGCGAGCGGAACGUCUUCCAGGGCGUCUUCGGGAACCCCAUCUUCUGCGCCAUCGUCCUGGGCACCUUCGGUAUCCAGAUCGUCAUCGUGCAGUUCGGGGGGAAGCCGUUCAGCUGCUCGCCCCUCAACGCCGAGCAAUGGCUCUGGUGCCUCUUUGUGGGCAUCGGCGAGCUCGUGUGGGGACAGGUGAUCGCCACCAUCCCCACCAGCCACCUGAAAUGCCUGAAGGAGGCGGGGCACGGUCCCGGCAAGGACGAGAUCACGGACGAGGAGAUGGCGGAGGACGAGGAGGAGAUAGACCAUGCCGAGCGGGAGCUGCGCCGAGGCCAGAUCCUGUGGUUUCGCGGCCUCAACCGCAUCCAGACCCAGAUGGAAGUAGUUAGCACCUUCAAGAGAAGCGGCUCCUUUCAGGGGGCCGUGCGGCGCCGCUCCUCGGUCCUCAGCCAGCUGCACGAAAUCCGCGUGGUGAAAGCGUUCCGUAGCUCGCUCUACGAGGGCCUGGAGAAGCCGGACUCCAAGACCUCGAUCCACAACUUCAUGGCCCCCCCGGAGUUCCUGCUGAACGACUAUACCCACAACAUCCCCCUGAUCGACGACACCGACGUGGAGGAGAGCGAGGCCGCCCGCCGCCCCCCGCCCGCCCCCAACACCAACAACAACGCCAUCGCCGAGGGCUGCAAGUCUGCUACCUGCGCCAGCCCCGCCAGCCUGCUGCACAGCAUGGAAACCUCCCUCUAACGCCGGGGGGCUGCUGGAGCGGGACCUGCCUGCGCCCAGAGCUGGGACCGGGCGCCACCCCCAUUUCUCUGGGGAGCCCUAGCCCCACGCGCGCCCCAGGCCUGCGCCCCAGGGCCUGCCAGCCCAGGCAGACUCCUUGGGGGGCCAGCGCCGGCCGGGAAGGACCCGCUGCGGGCGGCCGGGCGGGGCGAGGGCCAGUUCCCGAUCUAUAGCCUCAGUCUAUAUACCAGACCGCCUGACUGUCUUACAGGCCAGCCCCACGUGCCACUCCCCACCCAGCAUCCCCAGGGCAACUGGCCGCCCAAGCGCUGGGGGACUGUGCAUUUCGGUUGAAAGUGGCCGGGCGCUGGAGCCGUGGUGUAACAAGGGCCUAGACGUGAAAACAUGGCGGGGGGGUGGGGGACGGGCUGCAGCACCCAUCCCACUGGCCCCUGCCUGGCCCCUCGACCACGAGCAGGGCCCCCAGUGUGCUGC